GACACACACACACCUUUUCAUCUUGCCAGACACGACCAGCUCCCAAUGCUUACAGAGGGGGUGUCAAGCCGUGGUCGUCCGGGCAGUAUGGGCGGAGUCCGGAUGACAAGCCACGCCUACUUCCUAUCAGCUGACGUCAGCCAGUUUGAGGCUCCUGAAGUCGUGGUAACGGCCAACAACCUGCACCUAACCAUCACUGCAGAGAAGGUGUGCGGUGAUGGCGUGGUGAGUAACUCCUUUACCCAGAGGUCUCUGCUGCCGGCGGAUGUUGACCUGCUGGGCCUCAGCUGCUGUCUGACCCCCGAGGGGAUGCUGGUCAUUAGCGCGCCGCGACUAUCACCUCUAUGA